AUGAUGGAGCUCUCUCCUCAGCAGCGCGGUGCUGUGGAGCCAAACGAGCUGCUUUGGCUGCCCGCAGAAGUGCGCCUGCGCAUCUAUGGCUACCUCCUCAUGGCUGACCCGCCCUUGUGCUUUGUCAUCUCAGAGCGAGGUUCUCUGUUUCGCCUCAACUCUGCUUAUUCUGCUCUCUUGUUUGCACCGAGGUUCUCAAGAUUCACCUUAUCUUCGAAGGGCGAGCUGCCCCAGCAGACGACUGCCGCCCUUGGGAUCUGGGUCUUCGCGCAAACCUGCCGCUUUUUCCAUGCCGAAGCCAUGACCUAUUUCUACACCCACAACACCUUCGAUUUUUACUGGUUGACACUGCAAAACUUGCCUGCGUUGCAACGCUCGCAACCCGCCAGCAGCCUCAUCAGAGUCAUGGCUAUGCAGUAUCAAUUUGACAUACUAAACAUUACAAAGUCCCCUCAAUUGUGGCAUCUUGAUCCAGCACUCCCCUGGCUGCAGCACCUCACACUGACCUUUCCGGGACUGCUCCUGCAGUUUCUGGUCGCCGUCCUCGACCUCACCCGCCAUCUCCCGUGCAACGACCUUCGGACUGACUGGCCAACUCUCCGCUUGCACAUCGAUGUUCCCCGGAACAAAUCGGCCAAGACUCUUUACCGAAAGGAGAUGUUGUAUGGACGAGGAAACGAUGAAUUGUUUGAAGAUGCUUUUGUGUCCGAUAGACAGACUUUCCAUGACGACUACGGUCGCGACAUUGUCGAAGCUCCUUGGCAGGCAAAGCCGAACGUGCAUCUUAAGAGAAUGCUGGGUCCAUACCUGCCGCCAUACGAGAGCGCAGCAGGAUUGGGAAGAGAGCUACCGGGCGUCAGAAACAUCGUGAUGGAGGGUUGUAUGGUCGAAGAAUUGCUGUACCUGGUUGAGAAUCAUCAAACUGACGGUGGCCGCUGUCAAUUCGUACAUGUUGGCAAAAAGCAACACUUCAUCAAGCACAUGCAGCAGGUCGAGAGUGAUAUCGCGCCCAAGGAAGAGAUCGAGGACGCGAUCUUCGAGACGCAGAUAUAA